UCUUUCAAGUUAGCCUGUUAGCUGAUCAGGAACGUUAAGGUAGCUAACGUUACAGUCAAAAGAACAAGGCAGUGGUUUCAUUCAUAGACGUUGUUGUCUGACAGAUGUGUAAAAACGACGUGUCGUUUUACGCGCAUCACGCCUAAUUUUCUGUAAACACAGUUACAGGUUUCAGGAAAGUUUGAACUACUUUGGAGCGGUCUUGAAGUUUCUUGGUGGAGAAGAACAUUUGAUAUGGCGACUGCAACUCCUAGCCGCGCUGAAUCUAGCCGGGGUGCCGCAACACCGCUGUCCCCAACGCGUAUUUCGCGCUUGCAAGAGAAAAAGGAGUUGUCACAAUUGAAUGAUAGACUCGCCGUUUACAUUGACCGUGUUCGGUCAUUGGAAUUGGAAAAUGAUCGUCUUAUGGUGAAAGUGUCCGAGAAGGAGGAGGUUACUACACGAGAGGUUACAGGGAUUAAGGCUCUGUAUGAGGCGGAGCUUGCGGAUGCCAGGCGUGUCCUUGAUGAGACUGCACGGGAGAGGGCCAGACUACAGAUUGACCUCGGGAAGGCGACAGCAGAGCUUGAUGAGGUCAACAGGAACUACAAGAAGAGGGAUGGAGACCUUGUUCUGGCCCAGGCCAGGAUUAAGGAACUGGAGGGACAGUUCAACCAGAGUGAGGCCGCCCUCAACACUGCACUGAGUGAGAACAGUGCCCUCUCUGCAGAGAUUGCAGAUUUGAAAGCACGGCUGGCCAAGGCUGAGGAUGCUCAUGCAGUUGCUAAGAAGCAACUGGAGGGUGAGACUCUGAUGCGUGUUGACCUAGAGAAUCGCUGUCAGAGCCUUGCAGAGGAUUUGCAGUUCAGGAAAAGCAUGUUUGAGGAGGAGGUGCGAGAGACCAGGCGCAGGCGUGAGAGGCGCACGGUGGAGGUGGACAGCGGAGUGCAGCCAGACUACGAGUCCAAACUGGCACACGCUCUCCAGGACCUUCGCAGGCAGCAUGAGGAGCAAAUGCAAAUCUACAAAGACGAACUUGAACUCACUUUUCUGUCCAAGCUUGAUAAUGCUAAAGUAUCAUCUGACAUGAAUGACAAGUCCCUGAGUGCAGCCAGAGAAGAGGCCCAGGAGUCUCGUAUGCGGAUUGAGAGCCUGUCCUACCAACUGUCUGCCUUGCAGAAGCAGGCAGCAGCUGCAGAGGACCGUGUCCGUGAGCUGGAGGACCUGCUGGCUAGCGACCGAGACAAGCACCGCCGGCAGUUGGAUGCCAAGGAGCGCGAGAUGGCCGAGAUGCGAGACUGCAUGCAGCAGCAGCUCAAUGAAUACCAGGAGCUGCUGGACGUCAAGCUGGCUCUGGACAUGGAGAUCCAUGCCUACCGCAAGCUUCUGGAAGGCGAGGAGGACAGACUGAAGCUGUCUCCCAGUCAAUCCUCCAAGGUCAUCGUCUCCCGUGCAACAGGCAGCAGCAGCUCCUCUCGCUCCUCGCGAGUAAAGAGGAAGCGCGUGGAGCUGGAGGAGUCUGUAACCGUCAGUGCCCCCAAAAUUCACAUCAACCAGGAGGCAGAGGCCAGCGGCAGCAUUACAAUUGAGGAAAUCGACAUGGAGGGGAAAUCAGUCACCCUCAAGAAUAACUCUGAUGAGGACCAGUCCCUUGGUAGCUGGAGGCUGAAGAGGCAAAUUGGUGAUGAGGAGGAGAUUUCCUACAAGUUUAGCCCCAAGUACGUCCUCAAGGCCGGCCAAACUGUGACGGUUUGGAGCAGCGACGCAGGGGUGGCACACAGCCCGCCCAGCAACCUCCUGUGGAAGAGUCAGAGUUGGGGCAUUGGAGAUGACGUUCUCACCACUCUAGUGAAUUCAGAUGAAGAGGAGGUUGCCAAGAGGACAGUCACAAAAAUCACAGAGGAGGUGGAGAAUGGUGAUGAAGAAAAUGGAGACUAUGAUGAAGAAGAUGUUUUGUACCAGCAGGGAGAUCCAAAGAGGGGGUCCAGGGAAUGUGCAGUCAUGUGAAGAGCGUGGAGACCUCAGCCCAGUUUUUCUCUUACAAUCCUUUUAUUCUGUAGAGCCACUAUUUUUGUAUACUUCAGUCCUAGGAUCUUGAUUAAUCCCAAAUACCCAUUUGACUUGAUUAGUUUUUUUUUCUUUGUUUGUAAACGGACCUCAUUUCCAGGUUAUCUUGAACAAUUGCAGCCAUUAUAUCAAAAUGAGUGAAAAUGGGGAUACCUUCCAUAUAAGUCUCAGUACUUUUUGAAGCAGAAAUUCAUGUUUAUGAAUGAAUUAUAGGAAUCACACUUCCCUACCGUCAAAAGGCCUCGCAUUAGUGUGCAUCACUGCUGAGAUAUUGCCACACAUCUCCAAGUCCUUUAAGCU